CAAAAGAUGGAGAUAUUUUUCUCGUUUUAGGUAUUUACUUAUCACUUGUUCCUUGUUCCUUGUUCCUCUCAUCACGACGGUCAUCUUUCUUUAUAUUCAACGCCCGACGUACUGUCCAGAGUGAGUGAGGACAUCAGUCCCAUCCGUCGACAAGAUGAGGUUCUCAUCUUUGACGCUCUCGACUUUCGCCGCUCUCCUCCAGUACAGCAGUGCAUCAUUUUAUGAUAACCCCAAGGUCGAAAUUCGAUCUGAGAAGGAAAUUCCUCUUGACGAAUUGAAGGCAAAAUGGGACUUUGAUUGGUCAUUCUCCGGCAUCUCGACAUUCGGCCAUCUUAAGCAUGUCAAAUGCCUCACGGCACCGUACGAGCCUUUCGACAUUGGUAUUCUCGGAGCUCCCUUUGACACUGCCGUGAGCUACCGACCUGGCGCUCGAUUCGGCCCACGAGCUAUCCGUGCGGCGUCCGCUCGUCAAACCUCUUUCCGAGGAUUCAACCACCGCGCGGGCAUGAACCCAUACCAGUCGUGGGCGUCGAUCCUCGAUUGCGGUGACAUCCCCGUCACGCCCUUCGACAACGCCCUGGCCCUGCACCAGAUGACCACGGCCUACACCGAACUCAUCUCCCGCCGGCCUCUGUCCUACACCAACCCGCCCUCCCACACCCACCCGAAACUCAUCUCGCUCGGCGGCGACCACAGCAUCGCGCUCGCGGCUCUGCGGGCCCUCGAGAAGGUGCACCGACGGCCCAUCGCCGUCCUCCACUUCGACGCCCACCUCGACACGUGGCACCCGGGCGCGUACCCGUCGGUGUGGUCGACGACCCCGACGCAGGCCGACUUCACCCACGGCACCAUGUUCUGGGUGGCGUCCGAGGAGGGCCUGAUCGCCAACGGCUCGUCGGUGCACGCGGGCCUGCGGACCCGCCUGUCGGGCAACGAGUGGGGGGACUACGACAACGACGAGCGGCAGGGGUUCCUGCGGAUCGAGGCCGACGACAUCGACGCCGUGGGGGUCUCCGGGAUCAUCGAGCUCAUCAUGGAGCGCAUGGGCACCGAGACGCCCGUCUACCUCAGCGUCGACAUCGACGUCAUCGACCCGGGCCUCGCCCCGGGCACCGGCACCCCGGAACCGGGGGGCUGGACGACGCGCGAGCUCAUCGCCAUCCUGAGGGGCAUCGAGGGCCUCAACGUCGUCGGGGCCGACGUCGUCGAGGUCGCGCCCGCGUACGACGGCAUGGGGGAGGCCACCGCCCUCGCGGGCGCCCAGGUCGCCUACGAGAUCCUCACGAGCAUGGUCAGGCGCGGCCUGCGCGAGCGCGGCGAGGACGUCGUCCUGGCCAAACCCGGCAACUCCAAGAUCCUGGAAAAGGCGAAGCAAAAGGCCAUGGCCAAUGGCAAGGUCAAGCCCGACACCAAGGCCAAGGACGAACUUUGAGAGGGGGGCUCGGGGCUACGCCCUGGUAAAUAGUCCUGGACGUGGCUGCACUCAAUACGUAGGUGAUGCAUUCACGUACCACGAGUCCGCACUUCCAGUUUAAGCAUUGCAAAACGCCAAAGAUAAAUUUCGAAACAGAAUGACCUUCUUCCUUUAAGAAGAAGAAGAAAAACCUCUCGGCCAUGUUACUU